GUCCCCGCGAAUCCCCGCCCCGGCCUGGCGCCGUCCUGGGCGGGAGGAACGCGCCGCGAGGCGGGAGAGCGCGGCCAUGGCGGGGCCGGGCGUUCCCGGCGCCCCCGCAGCCCGCUGGAAACGCCACAUUGUGCGGCAGCUGCGGCUUCGGGACCGUACGCAAAAGGCACUUUUCCUGGAGCUGGUGCCGGCCUAUAACCAUCUCUUAGAGAAGGCUGAGCUGCUGGACAAGUUCUCAAAGAAGGUGCAGCCGGAGCCAAACAGUGUCACUCCCACCACCCACCAGGGCCCCUGGGAGGAGUCAGAGCUUGACUCAGACCAAGUCCCAUCACUGGCCGCACUGAGGGUGAAGUGGCAGGAGGAGGAGGAGGGGCUCCGGCUGGUCUGUGGUGAGAUGGCCUACCAGGUGGUGGAGAAGAGCGCGGCCCUGGGCACCCUGGAGUCGGAGCUGCAGCAGAGGCAAAGCAGGCUGGCGGCCCUGGAGGCCCGCGUGGCGCAGCUGCGAGAGGCGCGGGCGCAGAAGGCCCAGCAGGUGGAGGCGUGGCGGGCGCAGAACGCGGUGCAGCGGGCAGCCUACGAGGCGCUGCGCGCGCACGUCGGGCUCCGGGAGGCGGCACUGCGCAGGCUCCAGGAGGAGGCGCGCGACCUGCUGGAGAGGCUCGUGCAGCGCAAGGCGCGCGCCGCAGCCGAGCGCAACCUGCGCAACGAGCGCCGGGAGCGGGCCAAGCAGGCGCGGGUGUCCCAGGAGCUGAAGAAGGCUGCCAAGCGGACCGUGAGCAUCAGCGAGGGCCCGGACACCCUAGGCGAUGGGAUGAGGGAGAGAACCGAGACUCUGGCUCUGGCCCCUGAGCCAGAACCCCUGGAGAAGGAAGCUUGUGAGAAGUGGAAGAGGCCCUUCAGGUCUGCCUCAGCCACCUCCCUGACGCUGUUCCACUGUGUGGAUGUGGUGAAGGGGCUUCUGGAUUUUAAGAAGAGGAGAGGUCACUCAAUUGGGGGAGCCCCUGAGCAGCGAUACCAGAUCAUCCCUGUGUGUGUGGCCGCCCGACUUCCUACCCGGGCUCAGGAUAUGCUGGAUGCCCACCUCUCUGAGGUCAAUGCUGUUCGUUUUGGCCCCAACAGCAGCCUCCUGGCCACUGGAGGGGCUGACCGCCUGAUCCACCUCUGGAAUGUUGUUGGAAGUCGCCUGGAAGCCAACCAGACCCUGGAGGGAGCUGGUGGCAGCAUCACCAGUGUGGACUUUGACCCCUCGGGCUACCAGGUUUUAGCAGCAACUUACAACCAGGCUGCCCAGCUCUGGAAGGUGGGGGAGGCACAGUCCAAGGAGACACUGUCUGGACACAAGGAUAAGGUGACAGCUGCCAAAUUCAAGCUAACGAGGCACCAGGCAGUGACUGGGAGCCGCGACCGGACAGUGAAGGAGUGGGACCUCGGCCGUGCCUACUGCUCCAGGACCAUCAAUGUCCUUUCCUACUGUAAUGACGUGGUGUGUGGGGACCAUAUCAUCAUUAGUGGCCACAAUGACCAGAAGAUCCGGUUCUGGGACAGCAGGGGGCCCCACUGCACCCAGGUCAUCCCUGUGCAGGGCCGGGUCACCUCCCUGAGCCUCAGCCACGACCAACUGCACCUGCUCAGCUGUUCCCGAGACAACACACUCAAGGUCAUCGACCUACGUGUCAGCAACAUCCGCCAGGUGUUCAGGGCCGAUGGCUUCAAGUGCGGUUCUGACUGGACCAAAGCUGUGUUCAGCCCGGACAGAAGCUAUGCACUGGCAGGCUCCUGUGAUGGGGCCCUUUACAUCUGGGAUGUGGACACCGGGAAACUGGAGAGCAGACUUCAGGGACCCCAUUGCGCUGCUGUCAACGCCGUGGCCUGGUGCUACUCCGGGAGCCAUGUGGUGAGCGUGGACCAGGGCAGGAAGGUUGUGCUCUGGCAGUAGGGCCACGAUUUCCCUGCCUGGGCUGGAGCUCUUGCCUGAAGCCUGAAGCUUCCCUCGGCGCCAUGCGGGGUUGGGGUUUGGACUGGAGAUGGCCUUGGGAUUUAAUGGGGAAGAAGGCCUGGCAGCACCUGGCCUGUUUGUUUAAAAACAAAGUAUGGGUUGGGGGAUUACGCUAGUUUUUCUUUGUAUUUUUAUCUCUAUCUUCUCACCUUUUCUCCCAAAGUAGAAAAAAAUGAUAUCUAAA